AUGGCUUUCCCCUACACGGUUGCACCCCACCUAGCAUACUUCGACAUUGCCUCAGCGAAAUUUGCCGCAAGUCGCCCAGAAUUCGAAAGCUUCGGCGUCGGAGGAUUCAUUUUCUCCCAAAAUGUAGUCGCGACUGGAUCCGAGUCGCAGUCAGACUCAUGCCCACGCACUCUAUUACUUCGACGAGCGCCGACUGACUCGAUGCCUGGAUGCUGGGAGGGACCCGGUGGUUCGCAUGAGGCUGACGAGGACGGGACUCUGCUUGAUGGUGUUGUGCGUGAAGUUCUCGAGGAAACUGGUCUGCAUGUUUCGCGAAUUGUGGAGCUUGCGUCGGUUGAUGGGUGGACUCACAAGCGACGUGAGGAUGGACGAUUCAUCCGCAUUGCCAAGUACACGUUUAUCGUGGAGGUCCAUGAAUCCGCGCGUGAAAUAUCUGGGAUAACUCAGAUAAUUGAUCAUGAUAAUAUCCCUGUUGUGUUGGAGGUUGGUGCACAUGAUGCAUCUGAGUGGGCAACUGAGGAAGAUGUACAGGCGUCUUUGCAGUCUGGCGCGGGCCGAUUCAAAUUUACGCCCUUCGCUGGACCUAAUCUUGCUCGGGCCUUUGAUUUACUAAAGAGAGUACCAAAAUAA